CCCUCCCUCCGGAGACACGAGCCGAACUGGGCGUCAGGUCGGGGAGCCGGUCGGGUUCCCGCUCGCCGCCGCCGCCGCCGCCCCCCGCAGCGCCUCUCCCGCCUCUCCGCCGCGCCGGCCGCGGGACCUGCAUCGCCUGCCCGGCUCGCCGUGAAGCCGCCCGUCUCGGGGCACCGAGCCGGGGACGCGGCACGCCGAGCCGCUCGCCGCCUCCCCCCGGGGCGACCCUUCCCGGUCGGUCCACCCGCGCUCGUCGCGGCCGCCGGAGCCCCCGGCCCCGGGCGCCCCGCGGCUCUGCGUCCUCAGCCCGGCUCCUGCGCUCCCGCAGCCGCCGCCCCCCGCCCGGAACAUGGACUCCGACUCCUGCGCCGCCGCCUUCCACCCUGAGGAGUACUCUCCCAGUUACAAGAGGCGCAGGACUGUGGAGGAUUUCAACAAAUUCUGCACUUUCGUCUUGGCCUAUGCAGGCUACAUCCCAUAUCCGAAGGAGGAGCUUCCUCUGAGGAGCAGCCCCAGCCCUGCCAAUAGCACCGCUGGCACUGUUGACAGCGAUGGUUGGGAUGCUGGCUUCUCCGACAUUGCAUCUUCCGUGCCCUUGCCUGUGUCCGACCACUGCUUUGGCCACCUGCAGCCCACCCUCUUGCAGAGAGCCAAGCCAAGCAACUUCCUACUGGACAGGAAGAAAACGGAUAAGCUGAAGAAGAAGAAGAGGAGGAAGCGAAGGGACAGCGAUGUGCCUGCACAGGAGGGCUACAGGGGGGGCUUGCUGAAGCUGGAAGCUGCCGAUCCUUACGUGGAAGCUCCCACAAGUCCCACCCUGCAGGAGAGCCCCCAGGCCCCCGGUGACCCCUGCUCGGGCUGGGACUCUGACACUCCCUCCAGUGGGUCUUGUGCCACUGUGUCACCCGAUCAGGUCAAGGAAAUAAAAACUGAAGGCAAGCGGAUUAUUGUCCGGCAGGGAAAGCAAGUGGUGUUCCGGGACGAGGACAGCACAGGCAAUGACGAGGACAUCAUGGUGGAUUCCGAUGAUGAUUCCUGGGACCUGGUGACCUGCUUCUGCAUGAAGCCGUUUGCGGGCCGCCCCAUGAUAGAGUGUAAUGAGUGCCACACUUGGAUUCACCUGUCCUGUGCGAAAAUCCGCAAGUCCAAUGUUCCAGAGGUGUUUGUCUGCCAAAAGUGCCGGGACUCCAAGUUUGACAUCCGCCGUUCCAACCGUUCCCGAAUGGGCUCUCGGAAGCUGUUUCUGGAUUGACUGUGGGCUGGUGAGGAGGUUCUGGGAGAGGGACUGGACUAGAUGGGCUCUGUGGCCCUUCUUGGUUGAUUACAGAAUUCCCAGCUCUGGUGCAGACAGAUCCUGCCAUUCAGGUGCCUAAGCAAAAGGACAGGCUGUCUGAGGUAGAAACUGUAUGUAGCCAUCUCACAAAUAAAACCUUAGUUGGCCAAAGCUGCUGCCACAGAGCUCUGUUCUCAGCAGCGGAGGUGGAUUGAACGUGGAGCGCAGAGGGCGUGCUCACUUCCCCAAGAGUGGGGCGUGGUCCUCGUGGAGUGGAGCUGGUGUUACCUUGCCACCCUGUGGGACCUGUGUGUGGUUACUGGUUACUCCUGCCUCUGGUGGGGAGACGAUCCCUUUCCCCACCUGACAACGAACAGCCAUAUGUGUGAGUUUCUUCUCUGGUGUCUGUCUGCCUUUAGUGUCCAAGUUGCCCCUUCCUUCCUGGCCCCACUCCUUCCCCUGUGUUGGCUGCUCCUGUUGCCUGAGGGAGCCCUGGGGUGCUGGGUUGCUUGGUGAUUCUUUGGUUUCCUGUUGUUCAGAGGGACAGUUGGUGGCCACCACUGGAAAGAGGGUUGAGGAGGCCUGUGUUUAUGACUCCUGUUUUGCACGAUGUACAAAAAAACCUGUUGUUUUGCACGAUGCAGCCGAAGUAUCUGGCCGUAUCUCACCGGGCUCCUCUUUCUCUGGUCUUGGACAGUCGUAGGGGGUCCUGGAAGGACAGGCUGUUCUCUAGGUCCAGACCACCUGGUCCUCUGUCCUAGCAACAACCCGCAGACUGGACACAAGUGCUGUUCCUACAGUCAUCUGGUGAGAACCACUGCGAGGAGCGCGGGUGCUCCUGCGGUGAUUCCUAGGGUGCCCUGGCUGCAGGCUGGCCUGCUGCUUUCCCAGGGCGAGGUUGGGACUUAAUCCCCAUUCUGGUUUGAAUUCGCUAGUAGGUAGUAAUGAUAACACUGGCCUCAGGAACGUGUUGAACCAUGCACAGGUCUGCACUAGGGUCCUGGUCUGGAGAUCCCCCCCUGAGGGGUAGGGCUGAAGAAGCCAGGGUUUGCACCUGACAUCCCUCUCCCCCUCCCGCCCCCUGGAACUCUGCCCUCAGUACACUGGUGCUUCUGGGGCUUGAGGAGGGCUCUGCGCUCCAUGUUGUCGUUGCUCUUCAGUUCAAGUACUUGUUCUCAGCUAUGUUUCGUAAGGAGAUGGGUGUGUGACAAGCAUUGUUUCUUGUUAGGCAUGGAAAGGGAAGAAUGCCCACGUUGGUCCUAUUUAUUUGCUCUAACUUAUUUGCAGUAGGAUGGGCCCAGGUUACGCUGCUGGGAGCUUAGCCCUCAAGAUACCAGGGGGCUGAACUAGGAUCUGGCUAAGGGGCGUCCGUGUUUUGUCCUAAUUUCUCUCACACUCUCGUCCAGUCAACUAGCUGUCUUAGCUUUCAAAACUCCUGUUGCUUAUAUUUAAGUAGAAAUAGUUUCCCAAGCUAAGUUUAUUGUGAAGAUCCCAAAGGAAAAUUCUGUAGAGAAAAUAGCUGUUGAGAAACAAUGUUGGGCCCUUAGGCUGUUGUCUGGCUGAUGGGGCGAAAGAUCACCCAGGACAAGUUGGGGAAAGAAUUUGCCAAAGAUCUGCCCCACGAUAAUGCCUGUCCAGCGUCUUCACCACGAGAAUAACCAAAGUUCCAAAGUGUGUUUCUUUUAUUUAGUGAGGAGCUCUGUGGGGUUUUAAAAGUGCAUUUAUGAAUCCAUGUGGUUGUGGAGUGGAGCGGCCAGCCCAGCCCCGGGCCGGCGGGGCCCCUGGAGACGGUGGGUCUCCUCUCCAUUUCUGUUCCUUGGUUUUGCUUCUUUGUUAGAGCGGAUCUGCUCCUGUGGGGCACCUGGGUUUGGGGGUACACAGCUGGGCAGCUGUCACCAGCUUAGUCACUGUUCAGGCACGACCCGUCUAGGGGCUCCUGGCUGGUGGUGAAGAAAGGGGGAGAGGGAAGGAUGUCACCCCCAAGUCGGCCUCUCCCACGGGCUCCGAGCGGGCCAGUCACUUACCAUCGUUUACAUGGUUCUGUGUAAUUACAAAGUUUAUGUGUAUAAAGCAAGCUGUUUCUGUGAAACUGUAUAUUUUG